CAUUGACGGUGUCCGCAUUGGCUGGCUGUCACCUCCCCCUCCACGCCGCCUCUCCUCACCUCCACCAAAAGAAGAGCUCCGCCAACCUCUUUCACGUUUGUCAACACUCGACCUCGCCAGCACGACUCGGCUUCCCCCGUUGCCAUCCACGCUCUGCACAAUCAGCAAUCGCUGUGAAGGGGUCCUCUGCGCCUUUGAUUUCGGCCGCCAGCAUUGGCGCAGUGCUCUGCUGACCCGAGACGCUGCAAGCAAAAACACAACGACCGCUCGAAAUACGCGCCGACCUUUUUGUCCUUCGACCUCGCCGCCAUCAUGAGUCAAUCACAACAGCCGAGACCUUCAGGCGGUGCCGGCCAGUACGGAGGACCUCAGGACGAGCUACACAUGUCGGGAGUUAGCCCGCAUAGCCAAAUGUCCCCGCGCGACUACCCCCCUCAGAUCAAGUUGGACACCGUUCCCUCUGCACCGCUCUCUGGGACAUCAUCGGUUCCCAACGUCCUCACGCCUGGUGGUUCCUCUUCCCGCGGCCCUCACAUGCCUCCAAACUCGGCGGGGCCCAUCCCCGGCGUCCACGGCAUGCAAGACUACCAGGCGCAAGGCAAGUCUCCGAUGAACAUGACCCAUAACUACUCCCGCUCCAGUCCGGCGGCCAACUACGACGCACCGCAGACGGCGUAUCAUGCAUAUACUCCAACGACACCUGGCGGCUCCGGUUCGCAAUUUGGCUCGCCUUCAGACAUGUUGAAGUACGGUGCUCCAGGCUCGCAGCGAAACAUCUCCAAUACUCCUCUUGGCUUAGCCGACAUUCGCCCCAGAGCUGAUUCAAGCAUGUCAGACUCUCCUGGAGCAUCGGGCAUCGACAUGUCCAAUUCUCAGCCUGGACCCAGCAACUACAUGGCACCCUGGGCUAUCUACGCCUUCGAUUGGUGCAAAUGGCGCCCGCAGAACAAUGGUGCAGGCAAGAUAGCUGUUGGCAGCUACUUGGAGGACGGUCACAACUUUAUUCAAAUUCUCGAUUCCAACGUUGUUCCUACACCGCAGGACGUUUACACUCCAGGUACAUCCAAGUACUCACUCGAAUUCACAAAAAUCGCCGAAGCUACACACUCGUAUCCGGUAACCAGACUGCUCUGGGAACCACCUUCAUCGCAGAAACAGUCAACAGAUUUGCUGGCAACGUCGGGAGACCAUUUGCGUCUGUGGUCACUUCCUACCGAAACUGCACCGCCUACACCGGGCAGCACUAUUACUCGAAGUGGGCGAGAAGCCACAACGACAAAGCUGACACCGCUGGCUCUGCUGUCAAACUCCAAGACCCCAGAUCACACCGCACCACUGACCUCGCUAGACUGGAACACUGUGUCCCCCAGUCUCAUCAUCACAUCAAGCAUCGAUACUACCUGCACCAUUUGGGAUAUUCCAUCCUUGACGGCGAAGACUCAGCUCAUUGCUCACGACAAAGAAGUGUAUGAUGUUCGAUUCUGUGCAAACAGCGUAGAUGUCUUCGUCAGCUGUGGCCAAGAUGGCAGUGUCCGUAUGUUUGAUCUGCGUAGCCUGGAACAUUCUACUAUUAUUUACGAACCGACUUCCAAGGAUGACAGAGUGGACGGACCAGGCCGCGUUAGCCCAACGACAGCUCAACAAACCAUGUCUAGCGCACCACCAUUGCUCCGACUUGCGACAUCCCCGCACGAUACACAUCUCCUCGCUACUUUCGCUCAGGAUUCCAACAUUAUCCGCGUUCUUGAUGUCCGCCAGCCUGGUCAAGCCUUGAUUGAACUACGUGGUCAUACAGGCGCUAUUAACUGUCUUGAGUGGUCACCAUUGAGACGAGGCACCUUGGCAUCUGGAGGCGAUGAUUGCCAGGUUCUGAUCUGGGAUCUGCUCAACUCCACACCUGCUCCCCCAGUCAACGGUGGCUCUCAGCAGGACAACUACCGACACCCAGUUGCAUCUUGGGAAUGCGAGUAUGAAGUCGGAAACCUGGGAUGGGCUCCUCAUCUGAUGGCGGGCCAAGACUAUGGCGAGUGGCUUGGUGUCAGCGCCGGGCGAGGCAUUUGGGGUGCUCGUGUUAUGUGAAGAUUUUGCAUGAUAAAGAAUUGGGGGUAGACUAUAGAUUGACGAAAAAUUUAGUCGGUGUCGUUCAUGUUUCUUUUGUUUUCAUAUAACUAUUCAUGUAGGAUUGGCACGGUUCUGCGCAUCUCGAGCGUCACAGCUACUCCAUCAAAACCAGAACGAGGUAGACGAGGAGAUGUUAUACUGCAUUAGUCGCAUUUAACUCCGUUGAAAAUCCGCGACAUGGUCUUGAGAAUUGGACUUCUGUGCUCUAUAAGCCACUCAGAGUGCUACAACAGAGAAACAGUGGAAAGUGGGUGCUAUCCUGGGCA